AUGGCCGACGAGUGGGUCCACGAAGGCGCGUCGGACGAGGAGAAGCUGCAGAUUGCGCAGCGGUUCAUACUCGACAGCCCUCCGGGACAGGCGCACGAGGUGCUGCGUGACGUGGCGAAGAUCGUACCGCCGCACGUGCUCUCGGACGAAGCUCUGCGGGAAGUGCUGCAGGCGUACAACGUGGAAACUUCGAUCCCUGUCGACGUACCGGAUGCCGAUUAUAAGAUAUUGAUUUGCAAAGAGGCAGAAGUCGACGCGACGCACUAUGUGGACCCUAUUGGAAACCGCGUGCUUGGAUUUGACCACAUGAAGCAGCAAGUUGUGCCGGAAGACGUUGCGGAGCUCCCCGAGGCAAUGAUUACCGACUUUGAACACGAGCGCCAAGCGGUGCAAAAGGCGUUGCAAUCGUAUCUGCAGUUCGAGUACAUGAACGGAGGAACUGCUGGUGUGUACGUGGUGGGCACCAAGUUGGUGGUGAAGUUGUGCACGGAGCGGGUGAAUUUGCGCAACUUUUGGGGAGGACGAUGGAAGUCGCGGUGGGAAGUGGACUUGACUGCCGACCCGGGCACGGUGAAGGGCAGCAUUGAGCUGCAUGUGCAUUACUUUGAGAAUGGGAACUUGCAGCUACAGAGCUCCAAGGACGUUGAAGAGGCGAUCACGAUUCAACAGCCUGGCGGUUUGGGUGAUGCUCUUUUGCGUGUCAUGAAAGAGGCAGAGGAUGAUUUGCAGAUGAAUCUCGAAGACAUGUACAUCAACAUGUCCGAGGAGACGUUCAAGGAGAUGCGUCGUGUGAUGCCCGUGACCCAGACAAAGAUGGAGUGGAGUUUGCACGCGCACCGCACCGCCAAAGAUUUGGGACGCAGCAAGUAG